GGUUCCUUCCUACACAGAGCAAGAGGCGGAGGAGAGAACGGAGAUCGUAGAUACGCAUCCUAGUUGAAGUCAAUGAGAACUUCUCUUCGGAGGAAACGGCCGUUUUUGAAGGAGCCUCAGGACGUUUGGAGAUGCUUUUGAUGGUCUCAGCCGGUGAUAUCGCUCCGUUCAUGGUCAGACCAAAACUGAGAGACCAUUUCAAUGACCCAAUGUGCUCGUUUUGAGGAGCAGAGGAGACGUUUCUGUAGGAUUCUCAGUCCGGAGACGUGAUGUCUGCCAGCGCGCAUGUCCUGCUCUUAGUAUUGCUGAGUGUGCUUCAGGCAAAUGGCCAGACGGAGAUGAAGAAGGUGGUCGGAGACAAUGCCACGCUGCCGUGCCACCAUCAGCUGUGGCAAGCCGACAUCUCCCUGCUGGACAUCGAAUGGAUGCUGCAUAAAUCCAGCUCACGGCAGAAAGUGGUCAUCACAUACUUUGCAGGUCGGAUCUACGACCCCAACGAGAGUGAAGCUGGGCGGCUUUCCCUAGCGGGAGACUAUCUGAAAGGCGACGCUUCACUCUUGAUCAGCGACCUCUCGCUCACCGACUCCGGAGAAUACAUCUGCAAGGUCAAGAACGGCGGGAAGUACUACUGGAACACAGUCAAACUCAUCGUGCUCCUGAAGCCGUCCAAACCACGCUGUUGGAUGGAGGGUCGUCUGCUGGAAGGAAGUGAUGUCAGACUGAGCUGCAAGUCCACAGAUGGUUCUGACCCGAUCAGCUACAAAUGGGAAAGAGUCUUAGACAAAGGAAAAUACGCUGGCAAGCUGCCACCUCAGGCCCUCAUAGAUCUGAAGAACCCUGAGAUUGUGACAUUGAAAAACCUGACGAGGGAAAGCGCGGGGGUUUAUAAAUGCACCGCCAGCAAUGAUGUCGGAGAAGAAAACUGCACUUUAGAGGUCAAAGUUCACUAUGUCCGGGGAAUGGGCGUGGUGGCUGGCGCUGUGGUGGGCGUGUCCUUCGGUGUUCUCCUCAUCAUCCUCAUCAUCUGGCUUGUUUUCCGUAAGAAAGAGAAGAAGAAAUAUGAGGAGGAGGAAGCACCCAAUGAAAUAAGGGAAGAUGCAGAGGCUCCCAAAGCCAAACUGGUGAAGCCGAACUCUCUCUCCUCCUCCCGAUCUGGUAGUUCUCGCUCUGGGGCUUCCUCCACACAGUCUAUGGUGCACAACAGUGCCCCCCGUGGGCCCAGGCCUCGGCUGCCUGUCGUGGCUGCCCUUAAAGAAAGUGGGCAGCCCGAAAACUUCCCUCCGGUACCACCACCAUACAACCAUGUGGUCCCCAAACCUCCAGAGCCUGGCAGUAGCCCCAAACCCAACCCGGGGAACCUGGCGAGGAUGGGUGCCACACCGGUGAUGAUCCCCGCCCAAACCAAGGCAUUCCAGACUGUGUAAGAAUAAUACACACACAAACACACAAACAGAUAAAUACACACACUGCAGCAAGCAUCAAAUCCCACAUCUGGUAUCAGGAACAUUCCCAAAAGAUUUCCCACUCGCUGCAGAAAACCCAGGUGGUCAGGCCUUUUGAUUCAACAGAUUCGACUGGGUUGGAAAAUAAAUGCUUUUGUUGUUUUUAAUGUGCACACUGAAGUGGAAGAAGACCCCUUGUGGAAUGUAAACGGUAAAGACAGAGGAAAAAAUUGGGGUUUGGAUGUGGAGGGCUGUGCCUUGUGUUGUUAUGAUGGUUUGACCAAACAAAAGAGGCAGAUAUGAACAGAGAUACAACUCUGCCUUUACCCAGACAGACAGCCUGUCUACCUGACCACACACUUCCUGUCGUCGCUGGGUUUGAACUGACAGCUACAGAACUGGAGGAGAAACUCACAAAAGCGGACUCUUUCCGGCACCUGCUCGUCCGCCCCUAUGAGGAUUCACAUCUGCCACUCAUUUCCUCAGCCAAUCGGCAUUCGCCAGGCAGCCCAGUGUGCAUCACACCUAAACAGCCAAUGGCAGGUCACCUGCUGGGCACAGACGCUGCGAUUGGCCCAGAAUGAGGAGAAAUCAACACACUACGACAUAAACAGGGACAGUAAAUUUGUUUGUUCUUCAUUAGAGCUAUAAAUAUUCCAUAUGAAUAGACAUAUUCCAUAUUUAAGAGGUAUUUAUAGGAAUUCCAUAUAUUUCAGUUCAAGUAUCUAACAGCAUUCGUAAUGUGUGUGCACAUUCCCUUUAAAUCAUUCAUUCACAUUCUUCAGGAUAAUGCAAACCGUAUCUUCAGUAAUGAGGUUGAUUGUCUCAGUGGGGAAAUGGUUUGGCUCCGCUUUGGUUCUUGGUAUUUGCAAUUGAAAUCAUAUGUCUGGUUGGUGCAUCCCAUUGGAUGCAAGUAUGAUGAGGUUGGGUCAGGCUUAUUCUGUGCUGGUUUAUAUGAAUCUAAAGUGUCUACAUGAUUAUGAUGAAACCAAACAAGCAGGCCCACACACAAUCUGCAUGCAUGGAAAGCUCCAGUUUUCCGCAGAAUUCGAACGGCUGUCGUUAACAAAGCUAUGCAUUAGUGGUUCUCAACCUUUUUGAUUCGAAGUCUUAAGACUAAGUCUUAUUUUAACACAAUUAAUCAAAGGCCCUCUAUAUUGCAAUGUUUCUUUUAGUAUUCCCAGCUAACAAGGAAUGUUCUCAGAACUUUGGCAUACGUUCUGGCAAGGCCUUUAAUAAUGUUUCCAAAAAAUUCACACAAAAAUGUUUUUAGUCGGACGUUCAAAAAAAAAAAAAACCUGGAU